AUGGACGGCCGGCCGAAACCGAUAGACCAGUCAGAACCGCCGAAAUGCUGGGGAAGGGCCGGCGAUACCAGGGGGAGCAGGCAUAACUUCGGGUUCCACGGCCCUUUCGGGGCAAGGAGGGAGGCGCAUGUUAGAGAACAGCCAUGGAUCGGGGGUGGAAGAUGGCAGAAUGACAUGGCGUCGUUUAGAAGCCUAGAAGCUGAAGGAGGGCAAGACCAAGUGAAAGAGGAAGGGGAGGCGAGCAAUACUACUACACACUACCGAAAGGGAUUCUUGCCCAACGUGGAGAAGCCGCUAUUCUUUCUCCAGCAAAUCGCCGCUCGUGGCUCGGAAGCAGACGGACUGGAGUGGACUGGAGUGUGGGAGAGCCCAACGCAGGGAUUUCCUGGAGGAGCCGGAGAUGCCAACCUGGAGAAGUUGAUUGAGGGGAGUUGUGCCUUCCCAUAUUCGUUGACCGGUGAGCCUACAUCCCGGAUUUCCCAGUCCUUGCAGAGGGGGGGAAAAGAGGGGAAAAUGCGGAGAUGGCCAUUGCAAUCCCAAACCAUUCUGUACCGAUUCAAACUCCUAAGCGAUCCCGAUUCCUGUCGGUCACCUGCCCGAAAAUUUGCUGCGCUUACGAGGAAAAUUCAGCCCUCAACGUCUGGGACUGACCACGGCCGACCGAGAGAAUCGGGGCCGAUUCACGGCAUGACGAGGGCCUCAGCCAGCAACGAAAACCUGCAACGCUCAGCUACGACAAAUCCCGACCGAGCCGACCGCACACACACAAGACAGUGUGCAGUGGCACUCGGCGACACCACUGGUUGGCUCUGGAACCAUCCACUGGUUCCAACGAAGCUUUGUGGCUGCCUUGGCUGCAACAUCAUCGUCAGCGGACUGCAUAUUGCACCUUGGCAUGACGACGCAGGCUGA